AUGACAACCGAAUGGGCAAGGAAAUGGCUUUCUGACCCCUCAUCCACUCCAGCAUGUAAACAACAGAUCACCAUCAUCGACGAGCUCCUCUUCUCCAAGACAUCGCCCGAAAGCUCUGCCUCCGCAACAGCCUCCCUCGUCGAAGCGCAAGACGACAUCAGCUUCGCCCUAGCCGAUCUGGUUGGUGUCUACUAUUCGGCUGCUGAAUCAUGUACUAGUUUGGAGGAACUGGAACUACUGGUAGCAUAUCUCGUUGAACUCGCAAGACAACCAGAUGCUGUGAACCGAGGACCAGAGGCCAGGAGCUGGGAUGUACCUGGCCUAGAGCCGCCACCCAAAAUUGGGGUUGGAGAGGUCAUUGUGAUUGAAGGGAAGAGGUUGUGGAGUCAGUUACCGUGGUUCAGUAUGCAUCUUACGGAGAAGUUUCAGGUAUCCGGAACCCAGCAACCCCUGAAGUCGCAACCACCAAAUGGAAAGACUUCAACACUCUUCUUGCACUGA